UUGACCGCUUUCGUUUCAUAAAUUCCAACCACCAUAAAGUGCGAAGUACAUCCAAUUCUUUAUUUUUAAAAAAUACACUCAAAAACACCAACGAUCAAAGAYGAUGAUGAACAACAAACUUUUCAUUAUUGCCGCAGUGGCCCUCUUCUCCACCGCCGAUGCGCACUCCCACCUGCGUCAGCUCAAAGGUUUGAAAAGUGAAAAGAAAACUACAUUUGCUCCUAGCGCAGCUCCUGUUGCAGCUCCUUCGGACCCAGGUCCAAUUAUCCAGAAGUSGAGCAAGGCAGGAAAGACCAGCAAGAAGAACACCAAGAAGGGCAGUAAGAAGGGCAACACCACUGUGGCUCCCACCCCGGCAYCUACUAAAGCUCCCACCAUGUCUCCUACCAUGUCACCAUCCACGGUCCCAUCUGCACUGCCUACUUCCUCCCCUUCGGACACUUCAACGGUUKYUACAACGGUAACGAGUACAAUURCUACUACAGGAGAGGGAAGCAAUUUUUAAGAUUCACCAGAGCCUCCGCAUCCUUUGGUAGGUUCAGGAACUAUUGCUGUUCACCGGUGCCGAGCAAAUCGUUCACUAGCGACUACGACAGAUUCUUUUGAGUUUGCUGGCUCGAAUUUUUGAAUUCGUACGACGAACGAAACGAGAAGAAUCAAAACCAUCCUUUGCAUUAUUGUCAAUACAGCUGUAAACAAUAAUAAUUCAUUUGUUCAUAU